GUUGGUUUUCGUUAAAGAUAAACACGAAAGUGAUGGUGAAAUUGAAAAAAAAAGAAAAAAAAGCAGAUAAAACAAUGUGAAUGAAUAAAAAAUGUUUUAUUCUUUAAAUCUCUGAACUUAAUUCCUGGGAAAAAAAAUUAAUUAAGUGAAUAAUAAUUUGCAUCGCUUGUGAUGAGUUAAUGUUUAUCCUUAGCAUCUGGUUUUGACAUUUAUUAGAUUCUUCUAAUUAGAGCAAAUGACUGAACCUAUAGUGAAAUCGGAUUUGUUCACUGCUGCUAAACAAUUAGCAGAUAGUGAAAUUGAGCUAAUAAAAGUGAUUGAAAGUUCCAGCAAGUGUGAAAAAACUGCUACAAAUAUGUUUGAAAGUGUUAAGAAAACACGGAAGACGGGGAAAUCAAAAAAUGUUCGUCCAUCAGCUGCACUAUUGGCUGCCAAACGAGAGGCAGCGCAACGACAGCUGUUGGACAAGAAGUCCAAUAACAACUUUAUACGAGACAUAUAUCAAAAUGCACUUGAUGCAUAUAAAAUAGUGCAAAAGGAGACUGGUCUUGUAUUUGAUCGAAGCAUGGCAGAGCAUGAGUGUCUUUGGGAUUCAAAUUAUCCCGAAUGCCCUGCUAGAUUUACACAAAUUUUGCAGAGGUGUGAAGAAUUGGGUCUGGUGCAAAGAUGUAAACUCAUUGAAGCAAGAUUGGGUACAGAGAGUGAGAUUCUGACAAAACACAGUCAGAAACAGAUUGAUAUCCUGAAAGCAACAGAUGGCUGUAUAGAUUCUGAGAAUUUAGAAUUGCUUUCCUCUAAAUACGACGCUAUCUUCAUUCAUCCAUCCACAUAUAGAUUAUCUUUACUAUCUGUGGGCUCAACGAUUAAUUUGGUGGAAAGUAUUUGUAAAGGCGACAUUCAAAAUGGCAUGGCUAUUAUUAGACCACCAGGUCAUCAUGCCAUGAAAUCAGAAUACUGUGGUUACUGCUUUUUCAACAAUGUAGCUCUUGCAGCGGAGAAAGCCUUAAGCCGUAAUUUGGCCAAUAGAAUUUUAAUUGUAGAUUGGGAUGUUCAUCAUGGACAAGCAACGCAGCAAAUGUUUUACAAUGAUCCACGUGUAGUCUAUUUUUCAAUACAUCGUUAUGAAUACGGCGAAUUUUGGCCUAAUCUGAAAGAAUCUGAUUUUCAUUAUAUUGGAGAGGAUCUUGGAGAGGGUUAUAAUUUUAAUGUACCCUUAAAUAAGACUGGCAUGACUAAUGCUGAUUACAUUGCAAUCUUCCAGCAAGUCCUAUUGCCAAUGGCUUACGAAUUCUCUCCAGACCUCAUCCUUAUUUCCGCUGGAUUCGAUGCCGCAAUUGGUGACGAGAAGGGUGAGAUGUUAGUAACCCCAGCGUGUUAUUCUCAUUUAUUAUCAUCAUUAUUAAGUCUAGCAGCUGGAAAAGUUGCCGUAGUUUUAGAGGGUGGUUAUUGCUUAAAAUCUUUAGCAGAAGGUGCAGCAUUGACUUUAAGAACUUUACUGGGUGAUCCAUGUCCUAUUUUACAAACACUUGACUUGCCAUCAUCAAGUAUACGUGAUACUAUUCUGAAUGUAAUCUAUGCACACAGACCAUAUUGGAAAUGUUAUCAGUAUCAAGAUACAUAUAGUAUCAAUAGCAUAACACAUAAUAAGGAGGAACUUGCUAAUAGACAUGUAGUUAUGGUUACAUAUAAAGGCAGCAUUUUUAAACCAGACAAGUAUGAAACACGGAAUUGCUAUCCUACACAAAGCAAAGAAGUUUUGGAAAUGAUAGAUAAGAAAUUAAAUGAAUUGAUACUAUUUACAAAGUUACAUAAGGCGCCUCAUAAAGUAUGUAUCGUUUAUGAUGAAAAAAUGCAGAAGCAUUACAACAUUUCUGACGAUACUCAUCCAGAGAAGCCAACACGCAUCUCUAAUAUUUAUAAUAAUCAUGAAAAACAUGGCUUGCUAGAACGGUGCCAUUUGCUACAAGGAAGGAGUGCAACAAUAGAAGAACUAUCCUUGGUUCAUUCAAAGAACUACAUUGACAGCAUCAAAAGGACAUCGACUUUAAAACCUAAGGAAUUGGAAAAGCAAGCUUCGGAUUAUAACUCUGUUUAUCUUCACACCGAAACGUGGUCAAGUGCCUGCAUGUCUGCCGGUUGCCUUUUACAAAUGGUGGACGCGGUUUUAAAUGGGGAAAGCCAAUCCGGAAUAGCCAUUGUGAGACCGCCGGGACAUCAUGCUGAGGAAGAUAUUGCAUGUGGUUUUUGUAUUUUUAACAAUGUGGCUGUAGCUGCGCAAUACGCCGUACAGUUUCAUCAUGUAAAAAGAGUGUUGAUAGUGGAUUGGGAUGUGCAUCACGGUAAUGGAACGCAAUCCAUCUUUGAAGAAGAUCCAAAAAUUCUUUAUAUUUCUGUUCAUCGUUACGAUAACGGAAGCUUCUUUCCAACUUCCAAAAAAGCUAAUUAUACGAACGUUGGUUUAAACGCAGGCGAAGGAUUUAAUGUAAACAUACCGUGGAACAAAAAAGGAAUGGGAGAUGCUGAAUACAUAGCAGCUUUCCAACAAAUUGUGAUGCCCAUUGCUUAUCAAUUUAAUCCAGAGCUGAUCUUAGUUUCUGCUGGAUUCGAUGCUUGCGUGGGUGAUCCACUUGGAGGCUGCUUGGUAAGUCCAGAGCUUUAUGGCCAUUUGACUCAUUGGCUCUCGUCCCUGGCCAACGGUCGCAUAAUUCUCAGUCUUGAAGGAGGCUACAACAUCAAUUCCAUUUCUCACGCAAUGACUAUAUGCACCAAGGCCCUCUUGGGCGAUCCUCUGCCCAUGUUAGAUCCCGGUUUGAUUCCUUGUGCUAGCGCUAUUACUUCUAUCAACAAUGUGCUGAAAACCCAUAAAAAAUUUUGGCUUAAUCUGCAAUAUGGAAUGUCUUUGCCGAAAGAAAAGAUACUUCCCAAGCUCAAGAAAUCUCUGAAUAAACUUGAUGAACAAGAAAGAAUUACAGAAAAGCUGAAACAAACGGAAUCGAAAAUCGCCUUAGAAGUAAUCGAAAGCGAGAAACUGGAGCUGAAUUUGGCGAUCGAUAAAAAUUGUCUGAACCUAGUAACGGAUGAAGAAAUUCUGAAAUUGACAAAUGAAGUGGAGAAUAUUAAAAUUAAGAAUUCUGAAUUGCACCCGACGAGAAAUGCAACGGACGAGACUAGGAGAAAUCCUGGAUUGAAAAAGGACGAAGUGAAAAAGUUAGAUGUUUCGCAGAGUAUACAAAAAUGCUUAAACAAAACGAAUCAAUCGAGAGACAGCCAGCAAGGAGGUUCUCGUACACGCGGGAAUCGUGAUAACGAGAACGCAACCUCACAAAUAAUUAAUACACCAAUUAGGUCUCUUAGGGAAUAUCUUUCUGAAAAUUUUCAGGCUCUGACAGCGGAAGAAAUGUUCGCGGUGAUACCUCUGCGAGAUUGUCCUCAUCUGUUCACAGUCAACGAAGUUCCCCCCGGUGGAAUCGAUGUAACUUUACCUUGCACGGAAUGCGCCAGCACUGCUGAGAAUUGGAUUUGCCUGCAGUGUUACACCGUACAUUGUGCUCGUAACAUCAAUCAGCAUGCGAUGCAACACGCAGAGGAGUGCGAACAUCCUAUCACGCUCAGUUUCAGCGACAUCUCCGUUUGGUGCUAUGGUUGCGAAGCGUAUAUCGAUAACCCUCGUUUAUACGCGGCAAGAAACGCGGCUCAUCAAAGCAAGUUCAAUACACAGCUUCCUUGGACUUAUAACGAAAAUGACAUAUAAAUCUUAAUUAAUAAGUUAAUUAAAAAAAUAAAAUUAAUAAAAUAAUAAAACAAAUCUAUAAAAUUAGAUAAAAAAUUUGGAAAAUGAUUAGUAUAUAUAUCUUUAAUUUAAUAUAUUAAUAAGCUACGAAAAAAAAUUACAUAAUAUAAAUUACACAUAAAAUUGUUGCGCCAAUGUAAUUAAAGUUUACAUAUAUAUAAUUAUUUCUAAUUAUUUAUAUUUUUUUCAUAAUUUUGGACAAAUUAAAUAUGAAACUUUUUAUAGGUAUAAAAAUUAAUUUUAACAAUCUUCUUAAUUAAAUAUUAAAAUGCUCAAAUAUACUUCAAAAGUAAUAUGUCAUACUGUACAUUAAUCUUUGUCAAUGAUAAAUAUAUCUCGCCUUAAAGGAGUUAAAUAAUGAGAUAUUUUCAUAAUUUACAAAAAUAGUUUCGUUAAAAAAAAAAAAAAUGCGAGUUAAUACGCAUUGGGACUGCUAAAAAAAAUUGCAUAAAAAUGUUGAUAACAUACCGAAUUAAUUUAUUAUUAUUAUUAUUUGUUAGAAAAUAUAUUUUAGCCAUAAUAAAAUAAAAAUACCUCAUGCUGAUUCUAAUUGUAGGAUUACAUAUGGUGUUCUGAAAGUUCAGGGAUUCAGCAAAUUAAAAAAAGAAUUCUUUGAAAAGUAAAAUCCGCCUUUUCCAUGUAAAUAAUUUAACUAUUUAAUUCACCAAAUAUAUAAUAUUCUUUAUUGAAAUUUUUCUGGUACGCUAUAUGUAUUAUAUUUUUCUAUAUGUAUGUAUAUAUAUUCUAUUCCAUAGAUGAGAGAAUGCUCUCUCUAUACAUUUAAUCAGUCAUUCUCUCUUAUGGGACAGAAUAUAAAAUAUUAUAUAAUAUGUAUAAGAGAAUAAGAGUGUCAUAGAUAAAAAAUAUACCAGAAGAAUUAAAUUUUUGUUUAUAAGAAUUUCCAUAAUAUUUCGAAGUUAAAGAGUAUGAAUAUUAUCACAUAUAUGAAGAGAGAGAGAGAGAGUGCAAUUAAAAAACACUACAUUUUGGUUUCUAAUAUGUUAUGUUAUAUGAUAUUUUCUCGAAAGAGAUAAAUUAAUGAUUUCAUUCUUCUUGACUUAACUUCUAACAAAAAAUACGUUUUUUCAAAUUAAUCAACAGGAAUCCAUUCUUCUAAAUUAAUUUAAAGAAAUUUAUCCUUUUGUAUUAAUCAAAGUUUGGAUGCUAAGAAAUAUAUAAAAUGAAUUGUAUUUACAAAGAUAAUCUCUUUUGUUAAAAAAUUAAAGAAAUAAGUAAACAUGAAUAACAUAAAUAAAAAUGCGUAUAAAACUUG